AUAUAUUAGACCUCGAAACGUUUUAUUAUUGUUUUUUCUAAACCCGUUUCUUAUUCCUUUAACAUGUCAAUUCCAUUCAGCGAUAUCCAAAAACCUACCAACGACUUGUUGGGAAGAGACUUCUACCACUUAUCCCAAGGUGCCGUUGAUGUUAAGUCCGUUGCUCCAAACGGCGUAGCUUUCACCGUUAAGGGUAAGACCGCUAAGGACAACUCAAUUGCUGCUUCCAUUGAAUCCAAGUACACCGACAAGGCCUCUGGAUUGACUUUGACCCAGGGAUGGAACAACUCCAACUCGUUGGACUCCAAGAUCGAAAUCUCCGAAUUGUUGACUCCAGGCUUGAAGACCGAAUUGAUCACCAACUUGAUUCCUAACGGAUCUAGAAACGCCAAGUUGAACUUCUACUACCAACACUCGUUGAUCAACACCAGAUUGUUCUUCGACUUGUUGAAGGGACCAUUGGCCACCGCUGACUUCACCAUCAACCAAGAUGGCUUUGUUGCCGGAGGUGAAUUGGGCUACGAUAUCACCAGCGCCAAGGUCAACAAGUACAACGCUGGAUUGGGAUACAAGGGUCCUUUGUACUCCAUCGGAUUGACUGCCACCUCCAACUUGACCGUGUUCUCUGCUGCUUACUACCACAAGAUCUCUCCUUUGGUUGAAGCUGGUGCCAAGGCCACCUGGGACUCCGUCAAGUCUUCUAACGUCAACGUUGAAUUCGCCACCAAGUACCAGUUGGACUCUUCAAGUUUCUUGAAGGCCAAGAUCUCCGACUCUGGUUUGACUGCUUUGUCUUACUCCCAAAAAUUGAACCCUGGUGUUACCUUGGGUUUGGGAGCCUCUUUCGAUGCUCUUAAGUUGUCCGAGCCAGUUCACAAAUUGGGCUUCUCCUUGUCUUUUGCUGCUUAAGAUUGAGGUGUAUGUACAGUUGCCGGGAUGCCUAUGAACUUUCUACUAGGCUUUAUAGUUGUUACCGGUUAUUGAAUAUAUGUUUUCUUGAUAUCUCCA